UUAUGUCGCCGAUGCUGGUGCCCGCAGUAUUUUGGUCUACGAUAUCACUGGUGCCAAAUCGUAUCGCAUUGUUCUACCCAAAGCCACAUGCCCCACCAAUGAUGUCCUCUAUAUAGCCUUGGCCGCCCAGGCUGAUGGCACAUCGACACUCUUCUUCACGUAUCUCAGCUCGUCGCGCCUCUACUCCAUCAAGGGUGAAUAUUUGCGCGUUGGCCAGGGUGCUGGGUCCAUUGUGGAUGUCGGUGCUAAGCCGUAUGGCAAGCAAAUGGUUUUGCUGGGAGCAGAUGGUGGCAAUUCAUUGUUCUUCCGUUACAAAGGAGAAAAUGACAUCUACAUGUGGGAUUCGGAGACAUGCUUUAAGCCGGCAAAUCUUCAGGAAGUCCAGCGAGGUGGCGAUUGUCGUUUAUCAACACAGGUCCUGCCUGGCCAUAAACGUUUCAUGUGGGCUUUGGAAAGUAAUUUCCAUGAUUUUAUAUCUGAGCGUACUGGCUGUAAUGGGGCUUCAAUUAUUCUGCAUCCGGUUGUACGCGAAUGUGAUGAUUAAAUGCCGUUCAGUAGCUGCUUUUUCACUAAAGGCUACAUGGAUA